CUCGCCCUACUUCUGCAUCUCGCCGCAGUCCUGCCAACAAGGAGAAGCAAUCAUGUUCACACGCUCAGACUCCCCGGCCAACGAGAAGAGCCACCAUGGCACUGAACACAACGAGAUCGGAGAGAAAGGUUCCCUCGAUACGUCGAACAACUUCGGCGUCGAGGUCGAUCACCCAUGGACUCCCACCCGCAUGAUCGCCAUCUUCUCGCUCUGCAUGGUCUACGUCGGCUCUCAGAUCAUCCUCUACUUCACCAGCUCGGCUCUGACGCCCAUUGCGCUGAGCAUCAAAACCACAACGCCCAACUGGAUGUUGACAGCCAACACGCUCGGAGUGGCGGCUAUCUGUCCCUGGGUUGGUCAUUUCACGGAUCUUUGCGGUAGACGUGUGGUCGCCCUCCUCGGCUCCGUGCUGUUGAUCGUCUCCAGUAUCAUUCAAGCCACAUCGUACGGUCUCGGCCAGGCGGUCACCGCACAGGCUAUCGGCGGUAUUGGCGCUGGCAUGUGUGAGCUCGUCGCAUUGGCAGGUGUCGCUGAAAUCACCCCUACUCGAUGGCGUGGAGUCACCCUUUCUCUCGUCACCUUCUCCAUCGUCCCAUUCAUGCCGCAGCUCCUAUACACGGUCUUGAUCGUUCGUUCGAGCACCUGGAGAUACUGCUUCCUCCUCACCGGACUGUGGAACUUCGUCGGCUUGGUCGGACUGUUCUUCUGCUACAGGCCACCACCACGCAAGCUCAUCGAGGGCCAGACUGCAUGGAGCGUGAUCAAGGGUAUCGAUUGGCUGGGUACAUUCCUGUCCAUCGGUGGCAUCACACUCUUCCUCGUCGGUCUGCAGGCCGGUGGAUACCAAUACCCCUGGACUUCGGGCCAUGCUCUCGGUCCGUUGAUCGUUGGUGGAUUGAUGACUUUUGUCGCUUUCCCGGCCAGCCAGUACUUCACGAGCCACCCUCACCCACUUGUUCCCGCCAGGAUCUUCCAGGGACAGCGUGUGGUGGCAUUGGCCUAUGUCAUCGUGUUCGUUGCCGGCAUGGAGUUCUACUCAAUCCUCGGAUUCUUCCCUCUAGUCCUGCAAUACGUCUACGUUACCGACGCCAUCACAGUCGGUGUCCGUGGUCUUUGCUAUCCCUGGGCAAUUCUCGGAGGAGCUUGCCUCAUCUCCUUCCUCAUGUCCUACACCCGCGGCCACGUUCGCCAAAUGUUCUUCAUCGUAGCCGCCAUGAUGACCGUCUUCACCGCCCUCCUUUCCCUCAGCACACCCGACAAUCCAGGCUUCACCAUCGCCAUGGCCACGCUCGCAGCCUUCGGCAACGGCGCUCUCGUCGUUCCCGCUCUCACGCUCGCUUUCUACGCCGCUCCAGACGACCUGGUCGGCACAGUCGGCGCAUUGUCCCUCUCUGUCCGCUUCCUCGGCGGCUCCGUCGGCACAAGCAUCUACUUCAACGUCUUCCUCAACCGCUUCAAGAAAUGCCUCCCCACCUACGUCGUCGGCGCAGCAGUCGCAGGCGGCGCCACCAUGGAAACAGCCAUCGCCCUCGCACAAGCCUACGGCUCGCAAGUCCCCGGAGCGGCCGCCGCGGUGCCCGGCGUGACGGACGCCCUGGUCGCCGCGACCCAGUACGCGUCGCAGAAAGCGUACUCCGAGUCGCUGCGAUAUGUGUGGUACACGACCAUUCCGUUUGGUGUGAUUAGCUGCGUGUGCUGUGCGUUCUUGCCGAAUAUUCGAAAGUACAUGACGAACAAGAUUGCGGUGGACAUCCAUUGA